GCCGCUCUUGGAAGUAAUCUAGGUGUAUUAGCUGUCGUAGGUGUGUGUACAAGUGUAGUUAGUUGUUUUUAUUAUCUUAGAUUAAUAAGAAUAAUGUAUUUUAGUACUCCUAAAACUUGGUGUAGUACUGCUCGCGUACCACGAACAAAUGCUUUAGCAUUAGCAAUUUCUUUAUUUUUUCUGAUUUUUUGUAUGGCGUACCCUGCACCGUUACACUUGAUCACACAUAAAAUAGCAAUUGCUCUAUGUGUCUAA